AUGCUGGUUUUCGGUGAGGAUCCUGAGAGAGCCUCAGAGGAUCUGAGAGAAUUUUUCAGAACUCUGGAAUGCUUCCUGAUGCCCCACCCCGGCUUGCUGCCAGCCACUUCAACAAAGUUCCGUGGAGAAGAAUCAGAGUUCGAGCCGAUAUUCGUGAGGCAGCUCAAGGAUUUCAUUUCGAAAAUGUUCUCCGAAAACACACUGCAAGAAUUGUUUCCCGCAAGCCAUCGAGAAUGCUACACCUUCGGUAGCUUCCUCGACAACGUGGAGCGAUAUGGGAGAAUGUUCGCAGCUGGCAACAUUCAUGAUCUCGGCACGUCCCUUGACUUGAACGUGCGCGAGAAGAAUGCGGCGAUCUGCGCAAAAACCGUUGAGUUAUACGUGCUGGCUAUGGAAGGAUUCCUGAGCUCGAAGCAAGCAUUCGUUCCUUGGGAAGAGCACGCAAGGCUGCACCAUAACGCGAUGCAGAACGCUUUGAUCCAGUUCGAUAAACGCUUGAGGGAAGGGGACGGUACCUCGGCUGCAGACAUGAGCCUCUUCGUAAGGGACCAGAUAAGGAGGCGAUACAGCGAGUUCAUCAAACGGAACAGAGACGCGAGUCAGCGAGUGGACAACUCGGCUCCGAACUGA